AUGGCCCGGAUUAGAUACCUGCGUGCAGCUGUCUCGGGAUUUUACCUUUGGGAAGCUGCCCUGCUUCUCAGUUUGGUGGCCACAAAAGAAACAGACAGUGCAAGGUCCCGUAGCAUGCCCAUGUCCCCAUCGGAUUUCCUGGAUAAAUUAAUGGGUAGAAUGUCUGGUUAUGAUGCAAGGAUCAGACCAAACUUCAAAGGACCUCCAGUUAACGUCACAUGCAACAUUUUUAUAAACAGCUUUGGAUCCAUUGCAGAAACAACCAUGGAUUAUCGAGUAAACAUCUUUCUCCGUCAGAACUGGAAUGAUCCACGUCUUGCUUAUAGCGAAUAUCCAGAUGAUUCGUUAGAUCUAGAUCCCUCCAUGUUGGAUUCUAUUUGGAAGCCCGACUUAUUCUUUGCCAAUGAAAAGGGUGCCAACUUUCAUGAAGUAACUACAGACAACAAGUUGCUACGAAUUUUUAAAAAUGGAAAUGUCCUUUAUUCUAUCAGACUGACUUUAAUACUCUCCUGUCCAAUGGAUCUCAAAAAUUUUCCAAUGGAUGUCCAAACAUGUAUAAUGCAGCUGGAAAGCUUUGGAUACACAAUGAAUGAUCUCAUCUUUGAGUGGCAAGAAAAAGGCGCUGUGCAAGUAGCUGACGGGCUCACUUUGCCUCAGUUUCUGUUGAAAGAAGAGAAAGAUUUAUGUUACUGCACCAAGAACUACAACACAGGCAAGUUUACGUGUAUCGAGGUUCGAUUCCACCUUGAACGGCAGAUGGGUUAUUAUCUCAUUCAAAUGUACAUACCCAGUCUCUUGAUUGUCAUACUCUCGUGGGUGUCAUUUUGGAUCAAUAUGGAUGCAGCUCCUGCCAGAGUAGCUUUAGGCAUAACAACUGUGCUCACUAUGACAACACAGAGUUCAGGGUCACGGGCAUCACUCCCAAAGGUAUCAUAUGUCAAGGCUAUUGACAUCUGGAUGGCUGUGUGCCUGCUUUUUGUAUUCUCGGCACUUCUGGAAUAUGCAGCUGUAAACUUUGUGUCAAGACAGCAUAAGGAACUUUUGAGAUUUCACCGAAAGAGGAAGAAGAACAAGGAUGAUGAUAUAAGAGAGAAUCGGUUCAGCUUUACGGGCUAUGGAAUGGGGCCACCAUGUAUACAAGCAAAAGAUGGCAUGGCUCCCAAAGGGCCAAAUAAUCCAGUUCAAGUUGUACCAAAAAGCCCUGAAGAAAUGAGGAAGGUAUUCAUUGAUCGAGCCAAGAAGAUUGAUACCAUCUCCCGAGCUUGCUUUCCAUUAGCCUUUCUGAUAUUCAACAUUUUUUACUGGGUCAUCUACAAAAUCAUUAGGCAUGAAGACAUUCACCAGUAA